UUCCCACAUACGCACAGAAGAGGUGUGCCAGCCAGACCGGUACCACAAGAAGGCUGUUGGCUGCUAGCCUGUGGAGGAACACCUGCCAGGUGGAGCAGAGGCUAGGCCGGACCUGGAGGAGGGGGAACAAGCUCUUACUGAGCUGAUCAGCCUAGACACACAGAGCUUUGCUGUGGCCAGUGGAGAGGAUCAUGUCCAGGAACUGCUGACCCCCAGCUACCAGCUCAGAAUCAUGUCAACAGGCCGGCGGAUAUGGCAUACACCCAUGCCACCCCACCAGAGCAGCUCCACAACCACAGUGCCCAGGUCCCCUGGCUCAGUUGGCAGUCCCAGGUCCCCUAGUACUCCUGGCUCAGAGAAGGUAGCUUCUCCACUGGAGUGUUCCAUCUGCUUCUCAGGCUAUGACAAUAUCUUCAAGACACCCAAGGAACUUUCCUGUUCUCAUGUCUUCUGCCUUGAGUGUUUGGCUAGACUGGCAGCUGCCCAGCCUGCAGGCCAUCCUGGCAGAGAAGCUGUGCCUUGUCCAUUCUGCCGGCAGCCCACAACUGUGCCUGCUGCUGGGGCUCCUGCACUACGCACUAGUCGUCAGCUACAGGCCAAGAUGCCAGUGCACCUACAGAAGGAGGAGCCUGUAUGGCUUGAGGGCACCAAAUUGUGUUGCUGCCCCUUGCCCACCACUUCUGGCCAAGAGGCCAGUGGCUUUGUGUGUGUGGAUGUAGGCCUGAACAAACCAGCUGAGCCCAGCUUACCGCCACCUAUCCAGGACCCUGCACCCAACCGAGGCUGUCUGGCCCGCUGUUGGGCACGCUUUGGGGAUUGGCGUCGUGUAGCUCUGGUUUCUGUGCUGUUGCUGGUGCUGUUUUGUGUGGUACUCUGGCCCGUGCAGUGUGCACUCAAAACUGGAAAUCUGCGCUGCAUUAACCGGCCACCUGUCACCACUGCCACUUUCACUGCCACCACCGAUGCCCUCUCCCUUGGGCCCUUAGCCAACAACUAGGGUCACCAAGUUGGCCAGGCUAUUCCACCAGAUCCAUGGAUGGGUCUCUGACCCCCUGAGGUUAAGAACACAGCAGCUUUGGAAGUUAGUUGGUCCCCUAGAACCCAAUAUAGGACACAUAUGUGUCCCCCACUCUCCAGGACUAGGUGCCACUGGGGACUAAAGUACUCAAAGCCUCUAAGAACUACAGGCUUCUAAAGGUCUUAGAAACUGUCCGGGGACCCUGUCAUGAGGAAAGAAACCCAGGAAUGGCUGGCCAGACCCCUGGCCUCCCUGAAUUGUCAAAACAGCAGAAGUUUGCCAUCCUUGCUUUCUUAAGACAUUUUAUCAGGGUCCUCCCCAGUUCCUUUCUCUAGGAAGGGCUAGACCCUUCCACUUGGUGGGAAUGCUAAGCAGCUAGUUCUCUAAUUAAGAGUGAAAGUAAAAAGGCAGGACACCUGCUCAUGCCACAUCAAGAACUUGCUAGCUCUCCCUGGCUGGUACCUUUUAAAAUAAAUUAUUUUCUAUAAA